AUGAGAUUCUCUACUGUCACCGCAUGUCUGACGGCAUGCCUGGCCCCAGCAGCUGCUUUGAGCGUUCUCAAUGGCAAGGCUCCCGAUGUCACUAUCAGCGACGACCUCAAGAUUCCUGGCGACUCUCCCCUUGAACUGUGCCCUGGAGACCAUACUGCCGACCUGAUCAGGAUUGACAAGGUCGACCUUGCUCCUAACCCUCCCAAAGCCGGCCAGGAACUCUUGAUCAAGGCUAAAGGCAUAGUCAAGCAGAAGAUUGAGCAGGAUGCUUAUGUUCUUCUGACUGUCAAGUAUGGACUUAUUCGCCUCAUUAGCACCAAGGCCGAUCUGUGCGAGCAGAUUGGCAAUGUCGACCUGAAGUGUCCCGUCGAGGCUGGUGAAGUCGAGAUCACCAAGACUGUAGACCUUCCUGCUGAGAUCCCUCCGGGCAAAUAUACUGUUCUGGCCGACGUCUUCACCGCCGAUGAUGUCCAAAUUACCUGCCUCACUGCAACUGUCACUUUCUCUCGUAGCAGCAAGGGCUUUUUCGGCAGCGAUCUGUGA